GUCAGUCUCUGGUGCCCACCAGGACCGAAGGAGGGAAGUCACCGGGAGUAGGUGUUCGCUCAGCCAGCCAAGUUUAUUAGAACUCAGUGACGGACUGUUCCUCUGUGUGUUACUCCCGUUCUUUCCUUAAGAUACCGGCGCCCCCUGUCCGUUUUCCUUGUGAAAUAGUAACGAGGCGUUUCAUUGACACCUGUGCGUAAAGAGAAUGUCACGUUACUUGACGUGCUACGCAGUACUGUGUAUGAUUUUGUGUCGAAAAAGCUCGUGCAAGGAAAAUGUUGUUGAUCUGUCACACGACGUGGAUGAAAACAGUGCCGUUUGGAUAACAAGAGAGCCGUAUGAGAUCGUCAAAUCUACUAAAGGCUAUGCCGCUGGUGGAUACUGGUACGAAACAUACAGAUUCUGUAUGAGUGAACACACAGGGACUCACCUGGAUGCUCCGUCGCAUUUUGCCGAGGGAAAGUGGUCCGUGGAGCAGAUUCCUCUCGAUCAUUUGAUGGGACCAGGGGUAGUGAUUGACAUACGGGACAAGGUUGUCAAGGAUCCAAAUGCCGAAUUGACGACGGAUGACGUCAUGUCCUGGUUGGAUGAACACGGCCCUCUGCCCAAUGGAGUAAUAGUCUUCGUACGAACUGGCUGGGCAUCCAGAUAUAGCAACAAAACAGCGUACUUUGGCACAGACAAAAACGACACAACCAAACUGGUCUUCCCUGGUAUAAGCAAAGGCGCUGCACAGCUACUCGUUAGUCACGAGGCGGUCAGUGGGAACAAAGUGGUCGGGGUUGGACUGGACACCCCUUCACUGGACUACGGCAAAUCUCAAGAUUUUGAGACCCACCAAACUCUCAUGAGGGCCAAUGUCUAUGGUCUCGAAAAUGUGGCUAAUCUCGAUAGAUUACCUACAAAAGGCUUCAAUGUGAUCGUCAUGCCCAUCAAAUUACGAGGAGGUAGUGGUGGACCAGCCAGGAUCCUAGCUACAAUGCCCAGUUCCGGUGGGGCAUCUCUUUCCUCUGCGUUUGUGGGAAGCUCAUUCGUUAUAGCUUUAAAUAUGCUCUGUCUUUGCCACAUGUUCUGAUGAGCACGAUGACUGUGCGCCGAUGACUAGACAUCAUCUCUGUACGUUGCCUGAUUAUCUCGCCUAAUACUAAAUGUAUCUGUGAUAUAGCAACUGCAUUUAUCUCAAAUUAAUAUCGUUUACCUAAUUAUAAAUAUAUGGCUAGGGAAUAUUUUUUCUCUGACGCUAGAAUGACUCACAAAGCUCUAGAUUCUCAUUACAAUAAGUUGUUUAACCUCUUGUUAAUAUUCAGUAUUAAGUCAAUUCAAGGUAAAAAAAAAAAAAUUGGUUACAAAGUUUUUAAGAUCUAUUUGGAAAGAGCUUAUGUAGCGUAUAAUAUUGCAUUCCUGCCACUCCUUCUGCCAUUGAUUUAUAUCUUUUAGAGAGAGUGCUUCUUGGUGGUCGGUUUCUGUUUUCUGAUAUGAGCAGUCAUGAGUUGAACCAUUGACGGAUGAUCUCUUGUUUAUCUCUUUUUCAUAAGUUGUAUAUUAAUAGAGAUCUUUCACUAUUUACAAUCGAUACCUGAUCCCUCUUUCCGCCGAGAGCGACUGUCAAACUUUUCUGGUCCAGAGGUCCUUUAUUCCUCACUCCGUUGGACAGUGGAACAGUCUCCCUGAGGAUACCGCGCAAUUGGAACUCGAAAAGUUUAAGUGAAGAUGCAAUGCAUAACUACCAUAAUGAUAUUCUCCUUACAUUUUAAUACAUUUUUAUCUGUUUAUUAAUUUGUUAAUUUAGUUUUUUUUAUAUAUAAGUGAGACCUCUUCUUCCAGCUUUUCCUUUAUUUCUCUUACUUCCUAAUAACUUCCAUAUUCUUUGGAAGCUUGGAUUUCAGGUCAGUGGCCCCUAUGGGCUUGUUCCAUAUGAAUAAGGUUUAUCGUCUGAAUAAUUAUGCCAAUAAUUUCAUAAAAUAUUGUCAUUUAUGAUCACCACAUUGGACGUAAAGCACCCAAAUUCAUUAUAUAAUCAUCCAGCCACUGUAAGCGUUUUAUUUUGAAAGUAUAAAAUAAAUUUCUUGAGUUACACUGAAGACUGGUAGAUGUUCAUGGGCCAUUAUGGAUAAUGUACAUAUUCCAACAUGCAAAAUUUAUUCUAGGGCAAAUGUCAUUUUAGUGUCUCUGGUAGAAGUCAAGUAUGUUAAUUGGUAUGAUGUUUUGUGCUGGAAGGGCACUAGAGGCUGUUUAAUGUGUAUUCAUGCCUCAUAAUAUUAAAAGUUAAAGUUUACGGAAAGAAAAUGAAUUUUUUUUUCUAUUUUAUCUUAAAAUUCUGCUGAGGAUUAUAUGAAAAGAGCGACUGCGUCAUUAAUGAGCAUUAAUUUUUUAGAUAAAAAAAAGAUUGCGGUUUUCAUUAAAACAAUCUUUGUUACUUAGAUUAAGUAGAUCAAAAUUGAUCAAAAUUAUAUUUUAAAAUAUUCUCGUUGGUAAACAUCUUUGUCAAAACAACGCCAUGGUCAUAUUAGAUUAAAUGCAGAGCAAGCUUCAAGUAUUUUUCAAUAUUAAAUUAUAUUUUGCCUAUCGAUAGGAAUUUUGAUAUGGCAUUACUGAGAACUAUAAGUUGCAAAUUUUCUGUAGCAAGUUUGAACGCAACAAUCUUCAGUGUUUAAGGUACUGAGGAGUCCUUCCGGAAUUCGUACCUCCUUGAUUAUUAUUUUUUUUUAAAUCUCAGUCAUCUUAUUCGACUGGCUGGCAUUUAAAGUGUGGAGUGCGGGUUGCAUCCUGCCUCCUUAGGAGCCCAUCACUUUUCUCACUUGGUACGCUGUUUUUAGUAGCACACUCUUCUGCAUGAAUCCUGGAGCUACUCCGUCAUCUACUUUUUCCAGGUUCCUUUUCAGGGAUCUUGGGAUCGUGCCUAGUUUCUCGGGUAGAAUUUCCGCUGGCAUAUUCCAUAUCCUUCUUAUUUCUCUUUUCAGGUCUCGAUACGUAUCAGUUUUUCUCUUUUAUUAUUAUUAUUAUUAUUAUUAUUAUUAUUAUUAUUAUUAUUAUUAUUAUUAUUAUUAUUAUUAUUAAAAAAUCCUCAUAGUAGCACGAGUCUUCAAAUGGAGAAACAAAUCCAGUUAUGUAAAUAUACACAUUUAAAUUUAAGAACAGCAAGGAUACCUUUCGGGAAUCUGUUCGGUUCCCCUUAUCAAUCAGAUUGAUAAGGGAGCCGAACCGAUUCCCGAAAGCUAUCCUUGCUGUUUUUAAAUUUAAAUAUAUGUACAUUUACAUAACUGUGGAUUUGUUUCUCCAUUAUUAUUGUUAUCAUUAUUAUUAUUAUUAUUAUUAUUAUUAUUAUUAUUAUUA